UGUGCGCCCUCCGCGGGGCAUGAUGGGGGAGGUUGGAGAUUUCCAUCAUGGCGGCUUCCAUUUCGGGCUACACCUUCAGCGCUGUGUGCUUCCACAGCGCCAACAGCAACGCGGACCACGAAGGGUUUUUGCUGGGAGAGGUAAGACAAGAGGAAACUUUUAGCAUCAGUGACUCACAAAUCAGCAACACAGAGUUUCUGCAAGUAAUUGAAAUCCAUAACCAUCAGCCCUGUUCAAAACUCUUUAGUUUUUAUGAUUAUGCAAGCAAAGUGAAUGAAGAGAGUUUGGACAGAAUCCUUAAAGACCGGAGGAAGAAGGUUAUCGGGUGGUACAGAUUCCGGAGAAACACCCAGCAGCAGAUGUCCUACAGAGAGCAGGUCAUCCACAAGCAGCUCACGCGCAUCCUUGGGGUGCCUGAUCUUGUCUUCCUGCUCUUCAGCUUCAUCUCUACCGCCAACAGUUCCACUCAUGCUUUAGAAUAUGUUCUCUUUAGACCAAAUCGCAGGUAUAAUCAAAGGAUAUCACUUGCUAUUCCCAAUCUAGGCAAUACUAGCCAGCAAGAGUACAAAGUGUCUUCAGUGCCAAACACUUCUCAAAGUUAUGCCAAAGUUAUUAAAGAGCAUGGUACUGACUUUUUUGACAAAGAUGGAGUCAUGAAGGACAUCAGGGCAAUUUAUCAGGUUUAUAAUGCACUUCAGGAGAAAGUACAGGCAGUAUGUGCAGAUGUAGAAAAGAGUGAGCGAGUUGUUGAAUCUUGUCAGGCAGAGGUGAAUGAAUUGAGAAGACAAAUCACUCAGAAGAAAAAUGAAAAGGAACAAGAAAGAAGAUUACAGCAGGCCCUGUUAAGCAGACAGAUGCCAUCCGAAAGUCUGGAGCCCGCAUUCAGCCCUCGGAUGUCCUAUUCUGGGUUCUCAACCGAGGGAAGAAGUACUCUAGCAGACACUGAGCCCUCUGAUCCUCCUCCCCCUUACUCUGAUUUCCACCCAAACAAUCAAGAAAGUACUCUGAGCCAUUCUCGAGUGGAAAGGAGUGUCUUCAUGCCUCGGCCUCAGGCUGUGGGCUCUUCCAACUAUGCUUCCACCAGUGCUGGACUGAAGUUCACCGGAAGUGGAGCAGAUCUUCUUCCUUCCCAGAGUGCAGCUGGAGACAGUGGGGAGGAGUCAGAUGACAGUGAUUAUGAAAAUUUGAUUGACCCUACAGAGUCCCCUCAUAGCGAAUACUCACAUUCAAAGAAUUCACAUCCCGUGACACAUCCUGAUGAGGACCCCAGGAACACUCAGACCUCCCAGAUUUAAGUAAACAAAUGACACUCUCCACUUGGCACUGCUUUUCUUAAUGGCUUAUUGAGUGUUUGUUGAGGACUUAAUCUGUGGAGAGAACUGCUUUCUCAGAUGCCGUGGCUCCUGAAUGGAGCAUCGUGUGCACAGAAUUCCCAGAAUCCUCUGUCCGUUGGUUCUCACUUCUGGGUGCAGUGCACGGGCUCACAACAGAAUCAUUAUGAUAAUCAAAUUGUCCUAUUGUGGUGCGAUUCAUGGAUGUGCUAGUAAAAUCAGGCAGAGUGAAGCUCUCAGUGUAGCCUGUUCUUGAAGGCGAGUUGGAGAUGAGAGGCCAAGCACAAUGAGUCUAUAACGCUCUCUAAGUCAGAAACUUACCUCUGCACUACCAUGCCUUGAAGUUCGCCUUUUCAAAGGGAAAUGAGUUUAGCAGCAGCCUUCGAAGAACUUUCUAUGAUGAGCCAAAUUCAUCUUUGCCAGAAAAUAAAUUUUGUUAAUUCCAAGAAGCCUAAUUGGAACAAGUCAGAC